GUACACAAUUAAAUAAUACAAAUGAAAACAUAGCAAAAAACAUCAUAAUUAUGCAUUGAAUACGCUUGCAAAUGUCAGGAAACAACACAGAGAGUAUCCAGUGGCUAUCUGUCACAGAGGAUACCCUGUUCCUGCAUGAUGGAUUGAUAAGAGUGACUGAUCUUGUGGAGUUGCCUCAUGAUGUGAACUCCACUCAUGACAGUGAGAAUGAAGUGGUGACCUUUGACUCCAAAAGUCCAGCUGAGCUUGCUGCCAAGUUGAUUUCUGUUUGUGGCACCCACAACAAUGCGUACUCCCGUUUGCUGGAAUAUCGGCUCAAUGCAUUACGAGGUUACUGGAGCGCUCACCAGCGUCUUGCAUUGGAUGAGCAGACGGAAAGAGAGACGUCAACACACGAAGAAACAAUUGCGGUUCUCAAAAAACAAGGCUUGUGGAAAGAGGCUGAGCAAGCUGCAUUUUCGACGAGGGUCGGAUUACUGCUUGUUUUGCCGCUAUUGCGAUCGCAAAGCAAAUUUGAUCCUAGUUUGUGUGGCAUAACAGCUGAACUGUUACUCAGUUGUCUGAGAGAUUGCCCGCCGUUGAGUCUUUCGAAGGAACCAAAUGACUGUUUGAAUGGGCUGGAGAACUUGCUGUGUUCGUGGCUGGAAGAUGGCACCAACACUGCUGUAGCUCCAAGCAAGCCAAGUUCUGUUCAGAAAGAAAACACUGCCUUGGCUCUGAUUGCCUUGGCCUGUGCAAGGGGCCAUCUUGAAACGUUCAUCCACACUGUGCACUUGCUACAGAACCAGAAGUCACUGGGAAGCUUACCCAUUGCUGAUAUCUUGGCCAAACUGGUGGAGAUGGAUGGGGGACAGGGGCAGACAUGCGCCCUCAUGGGCAGUAAACACAUCAACAGUUGGGGGGUAGAUGACUUGCUGUCUGCCCAAGGAGACAAGAAUGGCACAGCUGAUAAGGAUAAGACAGCCGAUGAGAUUGGCAGGUCAUGCAGUACUGAUGGGAAGUUUCUUUACACAACCAAUAAUAAUGGACGCGGCGUCGCGAAGAUUGGCACCGGUCUUCAUGGCACAUUGAGGGGUUAUGUUUAUAUGAAGAAUACAGAAAUUGGUCCAGGCCGUGUCACGAUAGGGAAUGGUCUCAUCUUCUACCGACCAGCUUGCCUUGAUAGAGAGCAAGAGAGUAGGAUGUUUGUACAGUUGCUUGAUCCGUACACUCUCACUCCUACGAAAGACCUGUGUUGCCCUGCGGAGUAUGUAAUGGACACACCAUUCACGACCAUCUCGCUGUGUAGUGAUGGCAUGUACUUCUACUGGGUGUGGAUGCCAGGAGUCAUCACUGAUCGCAUGGUCAAGAGUCCACCAGUUUUCUUGGAUGUUUUCCGAAUUGAGGUUGAUGAGCUGGUUGUGACACCAAUGCGUCCUCGAGUUCUCCUCCUGAAGAAGGAGGACGGGUCAACGAAGGCAAUCAACGAGAGUCUCCUCUCUCGUUUACGUCCGUACCGGGCCUCGCCCACGACAGCGACCCUGGUUGCAUUGCCGGGAGAAGCUGCCCCUGGAAGAAAGGAAGAGGGCAAUGGCAAGAAUGCAAAUACCAGCUGUGGUAUCCCCCUGAAGCAGCUGUCGAGGACGCCCAUGUUCUGUGAUGGCAGCUCCAUCGUUCUCCUCUCCUCGAUCCCUGGAGCAUCAACUGCUGCAUCGUCGAGGUCGUUGUUUGGAAGUGGAAGCAGCCUAUCGGGACUUCGCACUCUUGCGACCAACAACUGCUUCAGUGUUCAGACAGGGCAGUUCACCAACAGGGUGGACCUACUUGAUGCUCCAAGUUGCUCUCUGGCGCGCGGUGCAGCGGUCACUACAGUUGGUAUCUGUUACGAUGUGUCGAACAACAUGAUCUGGAACAUCAGUGGUGAUUAUGUGGACCAGUUCUACAGUCCGAGCCACCAAGCCAGGCACCAUGUGCUGCAAAAGCUCGGCAUUCAUCCCCUGUCUAAGAAAGCUGUACCAUCAGGUCACCACCUGGCCGUUAGUGAGGUCAUCCAGCAGCUCCUGCAACACGUGGGAAGCAUGUGCCUUCAGCAGCUCAACAACGACCUCUUCCACCUGCCAAAAGGUGGCAGUCUCCUGCAGCAGCAGCCAGUCAAUUUGACGUUCAUGGAGCAUGUGUGUGAUAUCUUAGAGAGGGCGAUUAGCUCUGAGAAUGAGAGGAUCACCAAGUGUGCUCUUCUUGUGCUUCAGUUGAUCUUCAAAGUGAAUAUAUUCAAGAGAGAGCGACUAGAAGAGGUGCGACUGCUUGAAAGGACCAGUGAUAUUUUGUGGACUAUUUUAGAAAGGACGGCAAAUUCUCGGGAAUUGAUCGACUUAGCAAUUCAAGAUGAAGUAUGUCAUGUGAUUAGUAAUGGUUUUUACUCACUCUACCCGAGCACAGAUGAUCAAAACAAUCUCUUACAUAAGUUAUUAAUGGAUGGAGACAAGAGUGGUGGGCUUGAGCACUUACGUGACAUGUUGUUUGUUGAUCUGGCUGAGCAGCUCAGGAACAGUAGCGCUGCUAGUGGCAACAAGAAGAUCUUAAGGGUGAAUGAUAAGUUGGUUCAUUACAUUUUGAAGAUCACAGUGCGAGAGUCAUGUAUGCUGCUGAGGGAGUGUCAGACGGCAGAAACGGCUCAGCUGGAGAAGCUACUAGCAUCAGUGCCGCUUGCGUCACCAUGUCUGCGCUAUCUGAUGGCACUACAAUCACACCUGCUACGAGAAGCUGUGCUAUUCCAUGACAAGUCAGAGAGUGUUCACAGCGGGAAGGAGAAGCUGCAGGACCUCCAGGCGCAGAUCUUAGCAUUCUCAUCAAGAGUGUUUGCUGCCGCAUUUGAGGUGUCAGAAGUCUUACUUGAGACGUGUAACGGUAUCAUCAACAGUAGUUUAGACGACCUCGAGUUCCGCCUCCAAGGUUUAGAGCGCAUCACCAAGGCAACGAUCAUGGGCCACCUAUUGCCUGUCCUGCUCACUGCUCUCACUCAUCCCAACCUUCAUUGCCUAUCGAUGGCAGACGUUCUUAUGCCUCAGCUGGUUCAGCUUGUACUCAGCACCAGCCAGGCAGCAUUGUUGCUGAAGAGUCAGGUGCUGGCGAUUCGCCAAGAUGAUCUCAUAAUGGAUGAGGAUGUCGACAUCUCUGAACUCAUCGGAGAAACGCUCAACUUAGAUCGGCUUGAAGUCGAUGCAGAGGAGGGUUUCUUGGCCGGGUUGAAGAUUCCUGCACCCUGGGCAACAGGCAAGACGGUCGAGUCCAUCCAUCCUGUCCGUGAUAACUAUAAAUACAAGGAAACGGUACACAUUCCUGGAGCAAGAUGUCUCUAUUUACGCUUUGACAUGAGGAGCGCGACGCAGUAUGACUAUGACAAGGUUGUGGUGUAUGCAGGGGCCAAUACCAGUUCCCGCAAAGUAGCCGAGUAUGGAGGUAACACAUUUGGGUAUGGUAGCCGGAGUGUGCUGGGGGCCGGCUGGCCGAAGGACCUCGUCAAGGUAGAGGGCGACACUGUCACAUUCUCCUUUGAAAUGAGGAGUGGACGUGAACACAACACUCCUGACAAAGCCUUGUGGGGCUUCUUGGUCACAGUCAGAGCUCAGGAAUCUGUUGAGGAGGUAUCGAAUGGCCUGCCAUUCCUUGCUGACCUGGCGCUGGGUCUGUGUGUCUUGGCGUGCACCAUGUUACAUCUCCUCUACCAUGGACCAGAGAAGACAAAGGAGGAGUCUGUCUGCAGCCACCUGUUGAAGUCGAAACUUCUACAGAGAUGUGUUUGGCAAUCGGAGGCGAUGUUCAUUCAGAGUCAUAGUCCCGCUACCAUCCCUAUUGAAGAGGAUUCUGAGCUAAAGAUGCCCUCGAGCCCAUCAAAGCUGCCGCGGAUCAAACUGCCCACAGAGAAGCUGAGGAAGCUGCGAAUGAUGUCGUAUCGAGUGGCACCGCAGAUCAGGCCCAGUAUAAGGGAAGUGAUUCUGCCUGACGACCUGGAAGAAUCCAUCAUCUCAGCGACGAUCAAGCAUCUCAUGCUGUCAGACUCGCUGCACCAGCUGACUAACAUCGAGGAGCACCAGACUGAUGAGUACUGGCUCUUGUCGAAUAUCAUGUCAGAUGUCUAUCGCAGGAUAGAUGCCCUAAUCAGACAACUACAGACGAUAGCAGAGAUCGAGCAGCGCUGGAAGGUUGAGCUGGAUGAAAUACAGCAGGGAAUGGUGGACAUCAAGGAUGCCUUCUUUAUGGACUAUCAUCUCAAUGAGAACAAGAGUAAAGAGCUGACCAUGUUGUGCUUCUUGAAAGAUGUGGAAACAGACAAUACAAAUCCUGAAAACUCUGUCUCAGCCCUCAGGGAAAAGAUGGAAACUGAACUCUCUCUCGAUAAGAAGGAGGAGAAGUGUUUGCCUAAGACCAGGGCCCUGGUGUAUGCCUUGAAAGAGAGACUUAACCUCUUACUACAGGUGAACAUCGGGCCAGAGAGUGGCCAGACAGGGCUCCCGAGGAGCAUGUCACACUACCCUGGUAUGAUGCAGAAGACUGUGCCCGGUGUGAUGGCCAGGUCAGACACGGAGGUCCUCCAUGCUAACAUUGCGUACAGCAGGAGUAUCUCGGUGCCAGCAGACAUCAAGUCCGCAGCUCAGGACGAUAGCAUUGUGGAUAUCAUGAAGUUACAGAGGAAGCGUCAGUACCAUCGUAAGGGCACCGUGAGCAUCCUGGAGGGCCUCGUCGAUGAGCAUUCAAAGGAGAGACCACCCCAUGUCCUCCUGUUGGACCAACUCUUCUCGUUCAUCGGGAGCGACCCGGACAAAGCCGUAUCCUGUGAUAGUUUCCUGUCAGCGGCCAAGGUGAGACAGAAGCGUGGCUACACAAGGAAACAGGCCCUGGUUCACAUGAAGGAGCUGCUGACGGCCGCCUCGCGGGUCGGAGGUGCUACUCACCUCGUGGCUGCUGUCACUUCAGUGCUGCAGAGAGGACCAAGGAUUGAUGAGCUGACAUGUGGUGGUGUGGUAGAUUCUGUCCGCGAUGCCUUUGCUGAGACGAUGACCUCAGUGGUGCAGCUGGCAGCAAGGUAUCCGAUCGCCUGCUGUAACAGUAUCGGCUUGCUGUGUGUCGUGCCAUAUACCAGGUCUGAAGAGAAGUGUCUGAUGCGCUCAGGCCUCGUCCACCUCUUAGACAGACUCUGCAGCCUGAGUAACUAUCGAGGUGACAAUUCCACCUCAGACACCCAGACGACCAAGCAGAAGGUCUCCGCCAUGGCGUGGGCCGGAUUCCAGGUCCUUGCGAGUAGAUAUGUCGAGUGGGAACAAGAUGACAGUGUGCCGUUUGAUGAGCUCGAGCACUCUGGUCUGGCACGCCAGGUCUCCAUCCUGCUUACUAACCAUCUGGCCAGAGCAACAGAAUCCAAUGGCAAUGAAGCAGCAGGGAAUGAAGCCCUGCAGGAGAUACUUAAUCUACUGAACAAUCUCUCAAGGAGCAAGAUGGGUAAAGCGAUCCUGAGCCAGCCAGCAUGUGUGUCUAAACUCCUCUCCCUCCUCCUGGACCAGCGGCCCUCGCCCAAUCUCGUCCUAAUCAUCCUGCAGCUGUGUCGUGUCGCCCUGCCACUCAUGAGUGCCGAUGAUAGCAAGAAGGUUCAGCUGCCGGCCUGGGGCCAAGACCUCCACACAGCCUAUACGACUGAAGUGGACUUCUCCACACCGAUGGUGAAGAUUGCCAGCCUUCUUCUAGCAAAACUUGGAGAUUUUAUUGUGCCAGGAGGACAGACAACCAUCUCUGGACGAUGCUCCUCCCAGGAACAGGAAUUCAAUUCCCUCUCAAAAGACGCGUCAGGUCCGGACAAAGAUCAAAGCGAAGACCACGACGUUAGAGAUGGACGAUUGUCAGUGUUUCUCUUCAAGCGGGAGGAGCAGUCAUCACAUGAGGUCAUCCAACCUCUCAUCAGCUCGGACAGCCGCUCAUUCAGAAUCAACAGCGCUGCGAACAUAGAGCGCAUCGUCAGGAUGGACAGGGAUAUGACCAAGAACAACAAGGCGGAGGUGACCACGGAGGACGCUGUCUCUGUCCUGCGUAAGGCUGCUAAGUGGGCCCAGCUUGGCUUGGUCGUCAGCACUGGACCUCCUGUAGACCUGACGUCUGCUGAGAGCAAUGCCUCUGACAAGAAAAAGACUGGAGCGGAUGUCAUCUGUAAGGAGAAGAACUUUGAGCUGAAUCGGACUGAUCCUGUUCGGCCAUUCAUCAGUGGCCACGUAGCUAACAGUAUGGCCUCAGAGGUGAUAGCUCUGCUCCAUGGUCUGUUGACGACCCCAGAGACCAUGACAGCUCAGAUGUGGGUCAAGGCAGUCGAAAAGGUGAUCUCCAAUGCUUUAUCAUGUCUGCCACUGCUGAUGAACUCACUGGAGAACCUUGGCUCUCCUCGCUGCAGCCAGGAGCAGCUGAUGGCGAUGGCCAAGCAAGUGGAUGCGGCCCUGUGUGCCUUGGGCGGAUUCAAGGAGACAAUCAAACCAGGGUGCGAAGUCAAGAUUGCUGGCGAGGGGAUUCGUAGCUCGAGUGGAGUGGUGCUGAGCGUUUCUGAACAAACUGGUUUGGCGACCGUCCAGUUGGCGACGCUGCCUGAAGGGGAGCAGUCGGCCAGAUACAGUGAUACAGUUCAGGUGCCUCUGUCACGGCUCCAGCCACCGAGGAAUGAGCCGCUGCCGUUACAUAAUCUCUCCAUGAUGGAGGGGAUUGUCACCACAGUGCAGUCACUACUGUUGCCACAAAAUGGAGGCGGGUCACCGAUACAACAGCCCUUGCCGAUCCAUGGUGAUGGGAAUGCGACGGCUAAUCAGAUCUGCAGGGUAGUCGCCGAAAUCAGAACAAGGGCGUGUAUGGUUCUAUCUAGUCACCUGAGUGAUGUCUCCUUCGCGAGCACAUUCAUCCAGCAUUCAAGUGCCGCCAUUGAGAUCUUGAAGUCAUUGUCUAAAGACUGCAGCCCUGGUGAGCGCUUCCCUGUCAUCGAGUCGCAGUGUGUGAGACUGAGGAUGUUGUUUCGGGACUGUGCCAAACCUCCACCACCACCGACCAAGGCCCCAGCUACUCCUGCGAAGGAGAUAACAUGGGACCCAACGCGAGCAUUCCCACCUGUGCGAGCAUGUCUCUUCUCGCACGGUCAGACUGGCAUCACAUUCCUCGGUGAUCCGAGUGCGGGCAGUGGGCUUCCUCGAGGCACACUCGUAUAUGCCACACAAGCUAUUCCACAGCAGGCACCAUCUUUCUACUGGGAGAUUGAAAUCUGCUCGUUCGGCGACUCCCAGGAGGAGAGUGGUCCCAUCAUCUCAUUUGGUUUCGCCCCUGGUGCUGAGAGGAAGGACGGAGGCUGGACAAACCCCAUCGGAACAUGCUUAUUUCACAACAAUGGUCGAGCUGUCCAUUACAACGGCUCCAGCCUGCUCCAGUGGAAGAGUGCUCGCCUUGAUGUCAGCCUCAAUGCUGGGGACGUGGCUGGUGUUGGCUGGAAGAGACAGGGUGACACCCCGGCCUUACCUGGACAACAAGUACGGGGUCAGGUCUACUUCACUUACAAUGGUGAGAGGCUGGCUGCAACACUUGAUGAGGUCUCUGGUGGCCUAUGGCCUGUCGUUCAUAUACAAAAAAAGAACACGAGAGUGCGAGCUAACUUUGGCACGAGAGCGUUCGCAUACGCGGAAGGUCAGCAUCACCGCAAUGCUGCUGAUGAGUGCCACGAUACAAGCUUCGACUUCCAUGAGGUCCUGCAUGAGCUGCCGUUCCAGCUUGCCUCGGACAGUGAGAGUGACGGCUCAUCCUCGACCACCACCAGUCUCACAUCAAUUGAUAUCAGGGAUAUGAAGAAUAUGAGAGGGCCUAUGAGACCGCCGUGUCGAGUGCCGACCAUGCCCAAGCCUAACAAAGAGUACAACAGUGAGAUCUCACGGUGCUACAAGCUCUUGCCAAGCUAUGGCCACCUGCCGAGCACCGGGCCAGACCUCCACACCCAGCAGGCCAACCUGGACACAGAGUCUGACAUUGAUGAUGCUGAUGAUAGCGAGCCAAGUGAGGACCACUACGCUCUGCUGGUGAAGGCGUGGGAACAGAAGGUGUUCCCAGUGAUCAAGAGAAGGUUCCGUAAUGAGGCUGAGAGAAAGGAUGGACUGGAGCAGAUCAGGGGAGCUCUUCAGCUGGGGAUGACGGACAUCGCUCGUCAGACGGUUGAGUUCCUUUAUGAGGAGAACGGUGGAAUGCCACGUGACCUUCACCUGCCAACCAUCGAUGAUAUCAAGGAAGAGCUGGCCAAGUUUACCAUUGAGAGGGUCAGGAAGGGCACCACUGUGGUAAUCAGGACGCCUACCAAUGUUGGACAAAGUGGCAACAUCCUGCAACCCAAGUUUGCUGUCCGAGGCAUGCUCAAGACAUUCGGCCUCACUGGAAAUGUGCUCGAUAUAGAUUCAAGCAACGAAUUGGUGCUAGUAGAAACAUAUCUACGUAGUGAGGGCGUGCUUGUGAGAUACUGGUAUCCUUUAGAAAUCCUUGAGCGUCCUCCUGCUGGCUAUCGGAAGAACAUGCUGACCGGCCAGCAUGUCAUAGACACCAACAAUAUCUUCAUACACAGGGAGCUCCUCCAGCACGAGUGUACCCUAGCCAGGAUGUACUGCCGCUCAGCUCUGCUCCAGCUCAUUCACCAGUGUAAUAGUCCUGCCAUGGAGACGUUCUCCUGUGGUCUCAGCUCAACCAUUGCCGCAUCUGCUGCAGUUCUUCAAGAUCUAGAUAUCGAAAAUCUCCAGCUCCUCUCAAACGAAUUGUUAGCCCAGCCGCAGCCCGAUGGAUGCUUGACAGCCACCUCAUUAUUGACGUCUCAGUCACCCGGAGCCUGCCUUGCGGCCAACACGUGUUCUCUAUCUGACCUGUUCUACCAUGAUAAGAAGCGCCUCCAGCAGGAGCUGCAGGUGGCCAUAGCCAGAGCUGCUCAUCAGGGCGAGGACUACCUCAUUGAGCUUACAAAUCAGCUCUGUCUUUGUCUGCAGACUGCCCCUGAGAUGUUCCCCUAUGAGGAGAUCCCUGUCACCGAGACCAAAGUCAACACAGACAUCCAGUUCACUGGCGCAGCCUUCUUGGUGAUAUCAUGUAGGAUAGACCCCAAGGUGCCGAAGAAAGAGACAUCUCCCUACAAGUCACCUUGGGCGAGAAUCUUCAGCUACACUGGCCAUCGAGUGAGAAAGAACGGGGACCAAUCAAAACAAGAGGUUGUCUGCUAUCCUCGUGAUACGUCAACAGGGAGCAACAGCGUGGACCAGUACAGUCCGGUCAUCAUUCCAUGUGACCAAGUCUUUAUACGCAUCGGGAUCUCACCACCACCUGGACACAUCAUUACCAUACAUGCCAUUCCUGCCCAGUUCCCAUUGGCUGCCGCUUACCUCGAGAUGUUAGUCAGUCAGAAAGUACGACCAACAUCAUGUCCUAAAGACGAGCCUGCAGACUCGGACAUCUUCUCAUUCCGGGAUAUUGGCGAUGUCGACAUCCCAGCUCCUGUGAUAUUACAUGGUACAGAACUGUUAACAGGGUAUAUGUGGAGGUCGGACACACCAGCGUUGUUGAAGGAGUAUGUGUUCCAUCUGCUGGCUCAGAGUAUCCGUGUCCUGAACCGCGGUAUGUGUAAUGCAUCGGGUCUGUUCCCUACGACGAGCCCAACACUCAGCCCAUCACACUCCUUGUUCAGUCACCUGCAGUCAGAACUGAAAAGCUUGUUCGAUGAGGAGACUAAAGGUUGGCCGAGUGGGACCACGGUUUCUGGCCAUGGAAUGGGGCUAGGCUACGGAGACUAUGGACGCUUCUCAACCUACUUCCAUAGCCUGAUGGAGGUGUGUCUAGCCAUCUCGGAGGCCGGUGGACCAACAUCUGGGGCCAAUAUUUCUGAUAGUCAAACAUCGCUGAGUCCGCCACCAGCUGUGCCAUCUAGUCCACAUGCUUCAACCAAGAGGAAGAAGUUAAAGGCACGCCGUGAGAGAACUAGCUCUGGACCACGCCUGACCGCUAGCCCGAGGAGUAGUGAGAGUGAUAGCUCAAUAGGUGGGGCACCAGUCACCAGUGUCUCAUUCACAGAUCCUAGCCAUGGUCUCCUGUUCACAUCUUCGAGUUCGUUGUCCAUGACGACAGCCAAGACUUCCUUAUCGUUACAAAGUGUCAAGCCAGAAGACCUACUGUGGUUCCACCGAGCGCUUACCCUCUCACAGAUCUUACAGGAUCUCACCAGCGGCACAGAGAGUGCUUUAUCCGUGACAAAUGACUCUAUUUCAGACGCGGCACAAAUCUUGACAGUGCCCUCUAUACACAGCAGGUUACUCGUCCUGUCUGGCAUACCAAAGAAACUUGCCAAGAAAGAUGUUCUAAUGGCACUUAGAAAGGUUUGCAACUCCUGUGGUGGCAUAUUUAGAAACGAGAUAUUCCUUCCAACAGAAUCAUCAUCAGAGGCACAAGGGGAGAGAGCUGCGGCAGCCAAUGAAAUGCCUUCUCCUCAGGAUGAGACAAUCAAAGGAUAUGCUGUACUUGAGCUACGUUCGAAAACCAAACUGGAUGCUGCCAGGAAAGCUGUCUUCAAGAACAAAGCUCUGCUCGCAGGGCUUGACUUCAUGUUGACCGGGAUGGACUUCGAUCCUGCCGACAUGCAAGAGGAAAUGCUCUCCGUGUCGUCUGUCAACCAGAACCUGUUCUCCGACCCACAAGGGAACCCUGCUCUUGAGCACUACCUGACAGAUAAGAUCCUGACCACCUCUAUGGACCUGGCUGACCAGGCCAUGAUAGCCUUGACUGAGGUGUUCCACAGCUGUUUCAUCUCAGAGCAGCGCGUCGGUGUGAGCGACAGCCGACAUGAGUUGGGCGGCUUCAUCUGUUUGAGCAAGGAUCAGAUCAUGAUGCAGACGCCGGGCAAUCUGCUUGGAUCGUUCAUGUCUAAUAUUCGAGCCCCAAAGAAGACACUGGCAGAGCAAGUCUCCUAUGUCCUCAAGCAUUACGGUGUGCCCAAGUUCAUGGAUAAGGAAGAAUCAACAGAUAAGAAUGGUAAGGGGAAGCACCUGAAGAAGCCUACCAAGCCAACCAAGGAGAGACUUGCCAUGGGUGCGACUGGGAGCAAGCUGGCCGGCAAGGAUAGGAAGCCCAAGACCAAGGAAAGUCUUGAGAAACCUCUGCGCGGGUCUGCGUCUGCUGAGAUGAUGUCAAAGACCAAGCCACAGCCGCCACCUAAGGAAGAAGAGAAGCUGCUCACCCUCGAUGGAUUCCUCCAGUUUGUCCUGGAUAAGGCAAAACAAGAUGUGAGGGCAGUGUGGAGGUCAUUCCUCUCCACUGGCUAUGACAUACACUUUGACAGGUGUGCAUGUCUGGACAAUCUUCAGGCCCAGCAGAUGUGUGAGCAGUGGAGUCUAGAGAUGGACGCGUCUCUCGUGCAGUAUGUUGACAAGCUGUGUAAACACCUGGCAAUAUCUCCAGCUCGCCUCCAUCCACAUGAGGUUUACUUGACUGAUGCGGAGUUGAGCAGUGAGUCUCAUGGCUGUUUACAAGGUAUACCAGUUGAGAGUGUGCGUCUGCGCUUUGCCUUGCUGCAGUCCAUCAACAAAACACUGGAGACGUUCUUCAUUCCCCUCGUUGACCUGAGGUCAUCUGAACGAUACAGUCACAGCACAGCUGCCCUCCUGGCCAAGGCACGUGGUCUCAUCUUCUAUGAUACGAAAAUCGUCUUGCUCAAUCGGAUCUUGAACAGCACUGCCAAGAGAAAACCAGACCAACCGGCUCCCGAGAUUGUUCUUGAUCCUCUAGAGAAUGUUGGGAGUGAUGUCAAAGAUUCAUUAGGUUCAACAUUCUGCCAAGCUCUUAGGCAGCUCAAUAGUAUCCCUUCACUGCAUUUAUGUGUGCGCAUCGCUGCUGGUGGGGACCCGACCUAUUCCUUCAAUGUGCGCCUGACCGGGGAAGAGGUGCACGGUACGAGUGGCUCGUUCAGACAUUUCCUGUCACAAGUUGCCAAGGAGCUGCAGGGAGGUCCCCUCUUGGAUAUGCUCAUGCCCUGUCCCAGCUCAGCUCUUCAUAAGAAUCGUGGCAAAUUCAUCUUGAAGCCAGGACCGAUGACAUAUGCUGAGGAAAAGCUGCUCGUGUUUCUUGGUCAGCUGUUGGGCAUCACAAUGAGAGCAGACAUCCCCCUCGGCCUUGACCUCUUACCUGUCUUCUGGAAGCGCCUCGCCUCCCUCGAUAUUGACCCCGUCACUGAUCUAAGACAAGCUGACAUACUCACCUAUAAGUACAUCAAGAGGUUUGAGAUGGUUGAGAGUGAAUCAGAACUGCUGGCCCUGUCCCAGGAGACCUACCCACGCUUCACCUACACUAGUCUGACUGGAGAUGAAGUCGAACUGUUACCAAACGGAAGCAACAUCUUUGUCGGCUGGGACAACCUCCAGCAGUACACAGAUGCCAUCCGGCAGCUGCGCAUGAAGGAGUUAGAGUGUGAGGAUAGGAUGCGUGCCAUCCGGGCUGGUCUGGCCUCGAUCAUCCCGCUACAGACCGUCUCCAUCAUGAUGCCAUCUGAUCUAGAACUCAGAAUAUGUGGACUGCCAGAUAUUGACCUCGAUUUCCUCAAGGCGCACACCAUGUACCAAGUGGGUCUCAUGGAAACUGACCCUCACAUAGAACACUUCUGGAAUUCCCUGGAGAGUUUCACCCAAGAAGAUCUCAGAAAGUUCAUCAAGUUUGCAUGUAACCAGGAUCGUAUUCCGAUGACAUGUCCGUGUCGGGAUGGUGGCAUUGAUACAGCUCAUGUGCCACCAUACCCCAUGAAGAUAGCACCUCCUGAUGGCCCAGGUUCGCCCGAUGGCCGUUACAUUCGUGUGGAGACAUGUAUGUUCAUGAUCAAACUGCCACAGUAUUCAAGCCAGGAAAUAAUGACACAACGUCUUCUCUACGCCAUCCACUGCCGUGAAGAUCCACUCAGUGGAUAGUCACCUGGACACUGCUAGAAUGAUGGAUAGUCACCUAGACACUGCUAGGACAAUGGAUAGUCACCUAGACACUGCUAGAAUGAUGGAUAGUCACCUAGACACUGCUAGAACAAUGGAUAGUCACCUAGACACUGCUAACGAUGGAUAGUCAUUGUGCUAAUGUGCUCAGUGGUUGAUUUUGCUGUUGCUAGUAGAGUGUGUCAUUGCAUACUGUAGGGUGAGUCACAGCAGUUUCUAGUUGGUUCCAACCAAUGAGCCAUCUGAACUCAUAUGAGGUUUUGAUUCAAUUCACCUCUUUCAAGAUGAGUGUCUCUUGGCCACGUUGGUGUAGUAAUGUGGCACUCAUACUCACAAUAACUAACCAUUUCCUAUGUGUAUACAUGUAGUCAUCAUAUUAUAGGGUGCUGGCAAUCAGUGUGUUACUUCAGCUGCACAUGGAGUUGUAGAGAAGUACAUUCCCACUUGUGUUUGUUGUAGUGAAUCGUGUCUCAGUUGUAACUGCUUCAAAUGGUAUAAAAUAUGAAGCAGUCAGUUUGCAGUGUUUACAUUAGAAAUUGAUACCUGACUGCCUGUAUUAGUCUUGCCAAACACUGCUGGUGGAGGUGUCGUUAUGCCGCAUAACUCAGUGACUGCCGUGGUUUUGGCCUGCAUCUCCACCCCGGCAGUGUUGGGCGAGACCAACCACGGCAGUGUUGGGUGGGACCCACCCCGGCAGUGUUGGGCGAGACCCACCACGACAGUGUUGGGUGAGACCCACCACGGCAGUGUUGGGUAGGACAACCAAUGCCUUGAGUUUGGUGUCAAUACUACAGAUAUACAGAUGUAGAAAGUCGCAAACUUUCACAUACUAAAAUGCACCAGCUCGGCUAAGUAAGUUCAAAGUGAUUCCUCUGGUAAAAUGCUUUGUUGAGUGUUCAUGCACACUGUGUGUUCUGUGGCUUGAUGAGCUCCUGCGAUAAGGAUAGAGUAUGUAAGUGUUGAUAUGUGGUGUGUAAUGUGGUGUUGCUUUCAGCCAUUUUGUGUGCUUUUGAUUGUGUGAUCAUUGGAGACAUGGUGGAGAUAUAAGCUUAAAGACAGAGACGACUCCAGUUUCAUUUGUAUGUUGAGUGAAAAAGCUGACAUUUAGACGUGUACAUAUAAUGCCGAGAACAAGUCAGUGGUGUUGAUGUUGUGAUCUAAUUUUGUUUAUGUACAAAUCACUUGUUUAUCAGAUGUGUAAUUAUAACUUAAUGUCUUAAAAUAAAGUGCACAACCAUAAGAUGGAA